AUGGUGGCGGUGGAUUACUUCACCAAGUGGGUGGAGACUCGGGCAAUGCCUACCGGUACCGCUCCUGACGUAGCGGGUUUCGUCGUGGAACAAAUUUAUUUGCGACAUUGGUCCCCCGAAACCAUUGUCACGGACCGCGGCCGGUGCUUCAUUGCCGAAUUGUUUCAAGAGGUCACUCGUCUGCUGAGCACGAACCACAAGACAACGUCCGCGUUUCACCCGAGCUCCAACGUUCAGGUGGAGAGGAUGAAUCAUGUCCUAGCGGACAUGCUGUCCAUGUAUGUUAGCAGCGACCACCGUGAUUGGGACGAAGUCUUGCCGUAUGUUUGCUUCGCCUACAACACCAGCAGACAGGAGUCGACGGGUUUCAGCCCGUUCUUCCUCAUGUACGGGAGGGAGCCAUUGCUUCCUUCGGACCUCAACCUAGGGAUUGGUGGCAUCAUUACUAAUGAGAGUGCCGAACCCACCGAGAAUCGUUACCCCAUCCGUGCCAGCGGAACCGGAACCGGCAGUCUUGACCGAGACCGAGAGUCCCCUACCACCCGAAGCCGACGUGGCCGGAGAAAUCAACGCCCACUACGCAACAGGCGGCCUCCGUUGCGUUACGGGCUAGCCCUGCUGGCCCAAUUGUUCCUUCUGUUAACGGCGGCCGGUGAACCGCCCGCUUCCGAUCUAGUAGUCCGUGGUAGCGUCGCAUUCCUCGAGAAGGGGCAAGUGGCCUUCAGCGAGUCCACCUGGACCAUUGUGACCGAGUUGGCGACUAGACCCGCGCUAUCCAUGCUGGAACGUCUCGACUUCUGGCUGCGCGACUUAAAGCCUUACGUCGGGGACAAUAAGUUCCAAAUCAUGACCCAAGAAUACAUCAAGGCCCGGAAGCAGUGA